UCACACCCCCUGCCUCCUCAUGCCAUCCGCUCCCCCCCGCCCCCACCCUCCGCGUGCCCGCUCCCUUGCCGCCUCUUUUGACCCUCCCUGCCCCCCUCGCCGUUUCCCCCGCCCGCCAUUCGCUCCUCCCCGCCCGUGCGCUCCCCUCGUUUACCUUCUCCUCCCCCCUCCCCUCCUCUGCUGCACGCCUCUUCCUUCCCCUCGCCGACCCACUCCACUCCCUGCCCCUCCUCAAUCCGCACCCUGCCCCUCGUAUCUCGCCCCCCUAUGCUUGGUUUCUCCCCUCCCUGCCCCUCGCCGCCUUCUCCGCUCCCCACCUCCCCCCUCUCCCUGCUCCCCCACUCUCCCCCCCUUGCCCUUGGCUUCCUACCUCCCUGCCCCACCUUUCCCCCCUCCGUGUGCUCAGCUUCUCCCCUCCCUGCCCCUCCCUCCUCCCCGCCCUGCCCCUCAUUUUCCGCCCCCCCACACGCCCGGUUUCUCCCCUCCCCGCGCCUCCCUUUCUUUCUCCGUGCCUCUCCUUUGCUCCCUCCCUGCCCCCGCCUGCCCAUGCCCCUGUCUUUGGCUUCUCCCCUCCCUGCCCCACGUUUCUUCCCUCCCUGCCCCCCCUCUGCCCCUCCCUUGUUUUCCCCUCACCCAUUGCUUCUCCCCUCCCUGCCCUUGAUUUCCCGCACCCCUGCCCUUGUUUCCUACCAUCCAUGCCCCUCGUUUCCCCCCUUUGUACGUUCAGCCUCUUCCCUCCCUGCCCCUCCCCUCCUCCCCCCCUGCCCUUUGCCCCCUGCCCGUUGCUGCCCCUCCCCUUGCCCCUCAACUCCCCUGCCCCCCGUACACCCCAGUCCCAUCCACCGCCCCCACCCUCCCCCGGCUGCCCGUUUCCGCUCUCCACCCCCCCCGACCGUGUGCGGCUUCCAACCGCCCAACGGUGUCACACCCCCUGCCUCCUCAUGCCAUCCGCUCCCCCCCGCCCCCACCCUCCGCGUGCCCGCUCCCUUGCCGCCUCUUUUGACCCUCCCUGCCCCCCUCGCCGUUUCCCACCGCCCGCCAUUCGCUCCUCCCCGCCCGUGCGCUCCCCUCGUUUACCUUCUCCUCCCCCCUCCCCUCCUCUGCUGCACGCCUCUUCCUUCCCCUCGCCGACCCACUCCACUCCCUGCCCCUCCUCAAUCCGCACCCUGCCCCUCGUAUCUCGCCCCCCUAUGCUUGGUUUCUCCCCUCCCUGCCCCUCGCCGCCUUUCUCCGCUCCCCACCUCCCCCCUCUCCCUGCUCCCCCACUCUCCCCCCCUUGCCUUGGCUUCCUACCUCCCUGCCCCACCUUUCCCCCCUCCGUGUGCUCAGCUUCUCCCCUCCCUGCCCCUCCCUCCUCCCCGCCCUGCCCCUCAUUUUCCGCCCCCCCACGCCCGGUUUCUCCCCUCCCCGCGCCUCCCUUUCUUUCUCCGUGCCUCUCCUUUGCUCCCUCCCUGCCCCCGCCUGCCCAUGCCCCUGUCUUUGGCUUCUCCCCUCCCUGCCCCACGUUUCUUCCCUCCCUGCCCCCCCUCUGCCCCUCCCUUGUUUUCCCCUCACCCAUUGCUUCUCCCCUCCCUGCCCUUGAUUUCCCGCACCCCUGCCCUUGUUUCCUACCAUCCAUGCCCCUCGUUUCCCCCCUUUGUACGUUCAGCCUCUUCCCUCCCUGCCCCUCCCCUCCUCCCCCCCUGCCCUUUGCGUUCCCCUCGUUACGCUCCCUUCUCCCCAUCCCUGCUGCCCUCUUGCCACCAUCAGCCCAUCCGCACCACCAGCCCCCUCCCACCCCCUUCUCUCCCCCCCUCUCUCCCUCUCUCCUCUCUCUCUCUCUCUCUCUCUCUCUCUCUCUCUCUCUCUCUCUCUCUCCUCACACACACACGCACACUCCCCUCCCCCACCCCCCACCCACGUCCUCCCAUUCCGCCCCUCCCUGCCCCUUUCCCACCCCCUCGCACGCCCCUCACCUCCCACCUCCGUGCAACUGGUUUCCCCCCUAUGGUGCCUCCCUUGCAUCGCUCGCCCCGCUGCUCACCCUCUGCCCGCCCCUUUUCCGUGCCCUCAGCUGGCCCAGCCCCUGCCCGUUGCUGCCCCUCCCCUUGCCCCCUCAACUCCCCUGCCCCCCGUACACCCCAGUCCCAUCCAACCGCCCCCACCCUCCCCCGGCUGCCCGUUUCCGCUCUCCACCCCCGCGACCGUGUGCGGCUUCCAACCGCCCAACGGUGGUGCGCACGGGGCGUUUCUUCGCACGGGCAAGCCUCCCCGGGGGCCCCCACCCCGCUGAGUCGUUUCACACCCCCUGCCUCCUCAUGCCAUCCGCUCCCCCCCCCCCCACCCUCCGCGUGCCCGCUCCCUUGCCGCCUCUUUUGACCCUCCCCUGCCCCCCUCGCCGUUUCCCACCGCCCGCCAUUCGCUCCUCCCCGCCCGUGCGCUCCCCUCGUUUACCUUCUCCUCCCCCCUCCCCUCCUCUGCUGCACGCCUCUUCCUUCCCCUCGCCGACCCACUCCACUCCACUCCCUGCCCUCCUCAAUCCGCACCCUGCCCCUCGUAUCUCGCCCCCCUAUGCUUGGUUUCUCCCCUCCCUGCCCCUCGCCGCCUUUCUCCGCUCCCCACCUCCCCCCUCUCCCUGCUCCCCCACUCUCCCCCCCUUGCCCUUGGCUUCCUACCUCCCUGCCCCACCUUUCCCCCCCUCCGUGUGCUCAGCUUCUUCCCCUCCCUGCCCCUCCCUCACUCCCCCGCCCUGCCCCUCAUUUUCCGCCCCCCCACGCCCGGUUUCUCCCUCCCCCGCCCUCCCUUUCUUUCUCCGUGCCUCUCCUUUGCUCCCUCCCUGCCCCCGCCUGCCCAUGCCCCUGUCUUUGUGCUUCUCCCCUCCCUGCUCCCACGUUUCUUCCCUCCCUGCCCCCCCCUCUGCCCCUUCCCUUGUUUUCCCUCACCCAUUGCUUCUCUCCCUCCCUGCCCUUGAUUUCCCGCACCCCUGCCCUUGUUUCCUACCAUCCAUGCCCCUCGUUUCCCCCCUUUUUGCCACCAUCAGCCCAUUCCGCACCACCAGCACCCCCCUCCCACCACCCUUCUUCUCCACACCCAUCCCUUUCCCGUCUUCUCCUCUCUCUCUAGUCAGUCUUUCUCACAGCACACACGCAAACAACUCCCCGCCCCCAGCCCCCCACGGCCACGUCCUUCCACAUUCCGCACCUCCCUGCCCCUUUCCCUACCCCCCCUCGCAACGCCCCUCACCUCCCACCUCCCGUGCAACUGGUUUCCCCCCUAUGGUGCCUCCCUUGCAUCGCUCGCCCCGCUGCUCACAGCCGCUGCCCGCCCCUAUUUUCCGUGCCCUCAGCUGGCCCAGCCCCUGCCCGUUGCUGCCCCUCCCACUUGCCCCCUCAACUCCCCUGCCCCCGUACACCCCAGUCCCAUCCCACCGCCCCCACCCUCCCCGCGGCUUGCCCGUUUCCGCUCUCCACCCCCGCGACCGUGUGCGGCUUCCAAACCGCCCAAACGGUGUCACACCCCCUGCCUCCUCAUGCCAUCCGCUCCCCCCCGCCCCCACCCUCCGCGUGCCCGCUCCCUUGCCGCCUCUUUUGACCCUCCCUGCCCCCCUCGCCGUUUCCCACCGCCCGCCAUUCGCUCCUCCCCGCCCGUGCGCUCCCCUCGUUUACCUUCUCCUCCCCCCUCCCCUCCUCUGCUGCACGCCUCUUCCUUCCCCUCGCCGACCCACUCCACUCCCUGCCCCUCCUCAAUCCGCACCCUGCCCCUCGUAUCUCGCCCCCCUAUGCUUGGUUUCUCCCCUCCCUGCCCCUCGCCGCCUUUCUCCGCUCCCCACCUCCCCCCUCUCCCUGCUCCCCCACUCUCCCCCCCUUGCCCUUGGCUUCCUACCUCCCUGCCCCACCUUUCCCCCCUCCGUGUGCUCAGCUUCUCCCCUCCCUGCCCCUCCCUCCUCCCCGCCCUGCCCCUCAUUUUCCGCCCCCCCACGCCCGGUUUCUCCCCUCCCCGCGCCUCCCUUUCUUUCUCCGUGCCUCUCCUUUGCUCCCUCCCUGCCCCCGCCUGCCCAUGCCCCUGUCUUUGGCUUCUCCCCUCCCUGCCCCACGUUUCUUCCCUCCCUGCCCCCCCUCUGCCCCUCCCUUGUUUUCCCCUCACCCAUUGCUUCUCCCCUCCCUGCCCUUGAUUUCCCGCACCCCUGCCCUUGUUUCCUACCAUCCAUGCCCUCGUUUCCCCCCUUUGUACGUUCAGCCUCUUCCCUCCCUGCCCCUCCCCUCCUCCCCCCUGCCCUUUGCGUUCCCCUCGCUACGCUCCCUUCUCCCCAUCCCUGCUGCCCUCUUGCCACCAUCAGCCCAUCCGCACCACCAGCCCCCCUCCCACCCUUCUCUCCCCCCCCUCCCUUUCCCUCUCUCUCUCUCUCUCCUCUCUCUCUCUCUCUCUCUUUCUCACACACACACGCACACUCCCCUCCCCCACCCCCCACCCACGUCCUCCCAUUCCGCCCCUCCCUGCCCCUUUCCCACCCCCUCGCACGCCCCUCACCUCCCACCUCCGUGCAACUGGUUUCCCCCCUAUGGUGCCUCCCUUGCAUCGCUCGCCCCGCUGCUCACCCCUCUGCCCGCCCCUUUUCCGUGCCCUCAGCUGGCCCAGCCCCUGCCCGUUGCUGCCCCUCCCCUUGCCCCCUCAACUCCCCUGCCCCCCGUACACCCCAGUCCCAUCCAACCGCCCCCACCCUCCCCCGGCUGCCCGUUUCCGCUCUCCACCCCCGCGACCGUGUGCGGCUUCCAACCGCCCAACGGUGGUGCGCACGGGGCGUUUCUUCGCACGGGCAAGCCUCCCCGGGGGGCCCCCACCCCGCUGAGUCGUUUCACACCCCCUGCCUCCUCAUGCCAUCCGCUCCCCCCCGCCCCCACCCUCCGCGUGCCCGCUCCCUUGCCGCCUCUUUUGACCCUCCCUGCCCCCCUCGCCGUUUCCCACCGCCCGCCAUUCGCUCCUCCCCGCCCGUGCGCUCCCCCUCGUUUACCUUCUCCUCCCCCCUCCCCUCCUCUGCUGCACGCCUCUUCCUUCCCCUCGCCGACCCACUCCACUCCCUGCCCCUCCUCAAUCCGCACCCUGCCCCUCGUAUCUCGCCCCCCUAUGCUUGGUUUCUCCCCUCCCUGCCCCUCGCCGCCUUUCUCCGCUCCCCACCUCCCCCCUCUCCCUGCUCCCCCACUCUCCCCCCCUUGCCCUUGGCUUCCUACCUCCCUGCCCCACCUUUCCCCCCUCCGUGUGCUCAGCUUCUCCCCUCCCUGCCCCUCCCUCCUCCCCGCCCUGCCCCUCAUUUUCCGCCCCCCCACGCCCGGUUUCUCCCCUCCCCGCGCCUCCCUUUCUUUCUCCGUGCCUCUCCUUUGCUCCCUCCCUGCCCCCGCCUGCCCAUGCCCCUGUCUUUGGCUUCUCCCCUCCCUGCCCCACGUUUCUUCCCUCCCUGCCCCCCCUCUGCCCCUCCCUUGUUUUCCCCUCACCCAUUGCUUCUCCCCUCCCUGCCCUUGAUUUCCCGCACCCCUGCCCUUGUUUCCUACCAUCCAUGCCCCUCGUUUCCCCCCUUUGUACGUUCAGCCUCUUCCCUCCCUGCCCCUCCCCUCCUCCCCCCCUGCCCUUUGCGUUCCCCUCGUUACGCUCCCUUCUCCCCAUCCCUGCUGCCCUCUUGCCACCAUCAGCCCAUCCGCACCACCAGCCCCCCUCCCACCCUUCUCUCCCCCCCUCCCUUUCCCUCUCUCUCUCUCUCUCUCUCUCUCUCUCUCUCUCUCUCUCUCUCUUUCUCACACACACACGCACACUCCCCUCCCCCACCCCCCACCCACGUCCUCCCAUUCCGCCCCUCCCUGCCCCUUUCCCACCCCCUCGCACGCCCCUCACCUCCCACCUCCGUGCAACUGGUUUCCCCCCUAUGGUGCCUCCCUUGCAUCGCUCGCCCCGCUGCUCACCCUCUGCCCGCCCCUUUUCCGUGCCCUCAGCUGGCCCAGCCCCUGCCCGUUGCUGCCCCUCCCCUUGCCCCCUCAACUCCCCUGCCCCCCGUACACCCCAGUCCCAUCCAACCGCCCCCACCCUCCCCCGGCUGCCCGUUUCCGCUCUCCACCCCCGCGACCGUGUGCGGCUUCCAACCGCCCAACGGUGGUGCGCACGGGGCGUUUCUUCGCACGGGCAAGCCUCCCCGGGGGGCCCCCACCCCGCUGAGUCGUUUCACACCCCCUGCCUCCUCAUGCCAUCCGCUCCCCCCCGCCCCCACCCUCCGCGUGCCCGCUCCCUUGCCGCCUCUUUUGACCCUCCCUGCCCCCCUCGCCGUUUCCCACCGCCCGCCAUUCGCUCCUCCCCGCCCGUGCGCUCCCCUCGUUUACCUUCUCCUCCCCCCUUCCCUCCUCUGCUGCACGCCUCUUCCUUCCCCUCGCCGACCCACUCCACUCCCUGCCCCUCCUCAAUCCGCACCCUGCCCCUCGUAUCUCGCCCCCCUAUGCUUGGUUUCUCCCCUCCCUGCCCCUCGCCGCCUUUCUCCGCUCCCCACCUCCCCCCUCUCCCUGCUCCCCCACUCUCCCCCCCUUGCCCUUGGCUUCCUACCUCCCUGCCCCACCUUUCCCCCCUCCGUGUGCUCAGCUUCUCCCCUCCCUGCCCCUCCCUCCUCCCCGCCCUGCCCCUCAUUUUCCGCCCCCCCACGCCCGGUUUCUCCCCUCCCCGCGCCUCCCUUUCUUUCUCCGUGCCUCUCCUUUGCUCCCUCCCUGCCCCCGCCUGCCCAUGCCCCUGUCUUUGGCUUCUCCCCUCCCUGCCCCACGUUUCUUCCCUCCCUGCCCCCCCUCUGCCCCUCCCUUGUUUUCCCCUCACCCAUUGCUUCUCCCCUCCCUGCCCUUGAUUUCCCGCACCCCUGCCCUUGUUUCCUACCAUCCAUGCCCCUCGUUUCCCCCCUUUGUACGUUCAGCCUCUUCCCUCCCUGCCCCUCCCCUCCUCCCCCCCUGCCCUUUGCGUUCCCCUCGCUACGCUCCCUUCUCCCCAUCCCUGCUGCCCUCUUGCCACCAUCAGCCCAUCCGCACCACCAGCCCCCCUCCCACCCUUCUCUCCCCCCCUCCCUUUCCCUCUCUCUCUCUCUCUCUCUUUCUCACACACACACGCACACUCCCCUCCCCCACCCCCCACCCACGUCCUCCCAUUCCGCCCCUCCCUGCCCCUUUCCCACCCCCUCGCACGCCCCUCACCUCCCACCUCCGUGCAACUGGUUUCCCCCCUAUGGUGCCUCCCUUGCAUCGCUCGCCCCUCUGCUCACCCUCUGCCCGCCCCUUUUCCGUGCCCUCAGCUGGCCCAGCCCCUGCCCGUUGCUGCCCCUCCCGUUGCCCGCUCAACUCCCCUGCUCCCCGUACACCCCAGUCCCAUCCAACCGCCCCCACCCUCCCCCGGCUGCCCGUUUCCGCUCUCCACCCCCGCGACCGUGUGCGGCUUCCAACCGCCCAACGGUGUCACACCCCCUGCCUCCUCAUGCCAUCCGCUCCCCCCCCGCCCCCACCCUCCGCGUGCCCGCUCCCUUGCCGCCUCUUUUGACCCUCCCUGCCCCCCUCGCCGUUUCCCACCGCCCGCCAUUCGCUCCUCCCCGCCCGUGCGCUCCCCUCGUUUACCUUCUCCUCCCCCCUUCCCUCCUCUGCUGCACGCCUCUUCCUUCCCCUCGCCGACCCACUCCACUCCCUGCCCCUCCUCAAUCCGCACCCUGCCCCUCGUAUCUCGCCCCCCUAUGCUUGGUUUCUCCCCUCCCUGCCCCUCGCCGCCUUUCUCCGCUCCCCACCUCCCCCCUCUCCCUGCUCCCCCACUCUCCCCCCCUUGCCCUUGGCUUCCUACCUCCCUGCCCCACCUUUCCCCCCUCCGUGUGCUCAGCUUCUCCCCUCCCUGCCCCUCCCUCCUCCCCGCCCUGCCCCUCAUUUUCCGCCCCCCCACGCCCGGUUUCUCCCCUCCCCGCGCCUCCCUUUCUUUCUCCGUGCCUCUCCUUUGCUCCCUCCCUGCCCCCGCCUGCCCAUGCCCCUGUCUUUGGCUUCUCCCCUCCCUGCCCCACGUUUCUUCCCUCCCUGCCCCCCCUCUGCCCCUCCCUUGUUUUCCCCUCACCCAUUGCUUCUCCCCUCCCUGCCCUUGAUUUCCCGCACCCCUGCCCUUGUUUCCUACCAUCCAUGCCCCUCGUUUCCCCCCUUUGUACGUUCAGCCUCUUCCCUCCCUGCCCCUCCCCUCCUCCCCCCCUGCCCUUUGCGUUCCCCUCGCUACGCUCCCUUCUCCCCAUCCCUGCUGCCCUCUUGCCACCAUCAGCCCAUCCGCACCACCAGCCCCCCUCCCACCCUUCUCUCCCCCCCUCCCUUUCCCUCUCUCUCUCUCUCUCUCUUUCUCACACACACACGCACACUCCCCUCCCCCACCCCCCACCCACGUCCUCCCAUUCCGCCCCUCCCUGCCCCUUUCCCACCCCCUCGCACGCCCCUCACCUCCCACCUCCGUGCAACUGGUUUCCCCCCUAUGGUGCCUCCCUUGCAUCGCUCGCCCCGCUGCUCACCCUCUGCCCGCCCCUUUUCCGUGCCCUCAGCUGGCCCAGCCCCUGCCCGUUGCUGCCCCUCCCCUUGCCCCCUCAACUCCCCUGCCCCCCGUACACCCCAGUCCCAUCCAACCGCCCCCACCCUCCCCCGGCUGCCCGUUUCCGCUCUCCACCCCCGCGACCGUGUGCGGCUUCCAACCGCCCAACGGUGUCACACCCCCUGCCUCCUCAUGCCAUCCGCUCCCCCCCGCCCCACCCUCCGCGUGCCCGCUCCCUUGCCGCCUCUUUUGACCCUCCCUGCCCCCCUCGCCGUUUCCCACCGCCCGCCAUUCGCUCCUCCCCGCCCGUGCGCUCCCCUCGUUUACCUUCUCCUCCCCCCUUCCCCUCCUCUGCUGCACGCCUCUUCCUUCCCCUCGCCGACCCACUCCACUCCCUGCCCCUCCUCAAUCCGCACCCUGCCCCUCCUUCUCCCCUCCCUGCCCCUCCCUCCUCCCCGCCCUGCCCCUCAUUUUCCGCCCCCCCACGCCCGGUUUCUCCCCUCCCCGCGCCUCCCUUUCUUUCUCCGUGCCUCUCCUUUGCUCCCUCCCUGCCCCCGCCUGCCCAUGCCCCUGUCUUUGGCUUCUCCCCUCCCUGCCCCACGUUUCUUCCCUCCCUGCCCCCCCUCUGCCCCUCCCUUGUUUUCCCCUCACCCAUUGCUUCUCCCCUCCCUGCCCUUGAUUUCCCGCACCCCUGCCCUUGUUUCCUACCAUCCAUGCCCCUCGUUUCCCCCCUUUGUACGUUCAGCCUCUUCCCUCCCUGCCCCUCCCCUCCUCCCCCCCUGCCCUUUGCGUUCCCCUCGCUUACGCUCCCUUCUCCCCAUCCCUGCUGCCCUCUUGCCACCAUCAGCCCAUCCGCACCACCAGCCCCCCUCCCACCCUUCUCUCCCCCCCUCCCUUUCCCUCUCUCUCUCUCUCUCUCUCUCUCUCUCUCUCUCUCUCUCUCUCUCUUUCUCACACACACACGCACACUCCCCUCCCCCACCCCCCCACCCACGUCCUCCCAUUCCGCCCCUCCCUGCCCCUUUCCCACCCCCUCGCACGCCCCUCACCUCCCACCUCCGUGCAACUGGUUUCCCCCCUAUGGUGCCUCCCUUGCAUCGCUCGCCCCGCUGCUCACCCUCUGCCCGCCCCUUUUCCGUGCCCUCAGCUGGCCCAGCCCCUGCCCGUUGCUGCCCCUCCCCUUGCCCCCUCAACUCCCCUGCCCCCCGUACACCCCAGUCCCAUCCAACCGCCCCCACCCUCCCCCGGCUGCCCGUUUCCGCUCUCCACCCCCGCGACCGUUCACACCCCCUGCCUCCUCAUGCCAUCCGCUCCCCCCCGCCCCCACCCUCCGCGUGCCCGCUCCCUUGCCGCCUCUUUUGACCCUCCCUGCCCCCCUCGCCGUUUCCCACCGCCCGCCAUUCGCUCCUCCCCGCCCGUGCGCUCCCCUCGUUUACCUUCUCCUCCCCCCUCCCCUCCUCUGCUGCACGCCUCUUCCUUCCCCUCGCCGACCCACUCCACUCCCUGCCCCUCCUCAAUCCGCACCCUGCCCCUCGUAUCUCGCCCCCCUAUGCUUGGUUUCUCCCCUCCCUGCCCCUCGCCGCCUUUCUCCGCUCCCCACCUCCCCCCUCUCCCUGCUCCCCCACUCUCCCCCCCUUGCCCUUGGCUUCCUACCUCCCUGCCCCACCUUUCCCCCCUCCGUGUGCUCAGCUUCUCCCCUCCCUGCCCCUCCCUCCUCCCCGCCCUGCCCCUCAUUUUCCGCCCCCCCACGCCCGGUUUCUCCCCUCCCCGCGCCUCCCUUUCUUUCUCCGUGCCUCUCCUUUGCUCCCUCCCUGCCCCCGCCUGCCCAUGCCCCUGUCUUUGGCUUCUCCCCUCCCUGCCCCACGUUUCUUCCCUCCCUGCCCCCCCUCUGCCCCUCCCUUGUUUUCCCCUCACCCAUUGCUUCUCCCCUCCCUGCCCUUGAUUUCCCGCACCCCUGCCCUUGUUUCCUACCAUCCAUGCCCCUCGUUUCCCCCCUUUGUACGUUCAGCCUCUUCCCUCCCUGCCCCUCCCCUCCUCCCCCCCUGCCCUUUGCGUUCCCCUCGCUACGCUCCCUUCUCCCCAUCCCUGCUGCCCUCUUGCCACCAUCAGCCCAUCCGCACCACCAGCCCCCCUCCCACCCUUCUCUCCCCCCCUCCCUUUCCCUCUCUCUCUCUCUCUCUCUCUCUCUCUCUCUUUCUCACACACACACGCACACUCCCCUCCCCCACCCCCCACCCACGUCCUCCCAUUCCGCCCCUCCCUGCCCCUUUCCCACCCCCUCGCACGCCCCUCACCUCCCACCUCCGUGCAACUGGUUUCCCCCCUAUGGUGCCUCCCUUGCAUCGCUCGCCCCUCUGCUCACCCUCUGCCCGCCCCUUUUCCGUGCCCUCAGCUGGCCCAGCCCCUGCCCGUUGCUGCCCCUCCCCUUGCCCCCUCAACUCCCCUGCCCCCCGUACACCCCAGUCCCAUCCAACCGCCCCCACCCUCCCCCGGCUGCCCGUUUCCGCUCUCCACCCCCGCGACCGUUCACACCCCCUGCCUCCUCAUGCCAUCCGCUCCCCCCCGCCCCCACCCUCCGCGUGCCCGCUCCCUUGCCGCCUCUUUUGACCCUCCCUGCCCCCCUCGCCGUUUCCCACCGCCCGCCAUUCGCUCCUCCCCGCCCGUGCGCUCCCCUCGUUUACCUUCUCCUCCCCCCUCCCCUCCUCUGCUGCACGCCUCUUCCUUCCCCUCGCCGACCCACUCCACUCCCUGCCCCUCCUCAAUCCGCACCCUGCCCCUCGUAUCUCGCCCCCCUAUGCUUGGUUUCUCCCCUCCCUGCCCCUCGCCGCCUUUCUCCGCUCCCCACCUCCCCCCUCUCCCUGCUCCCCCACUCUCCCCCCCUUGCCCUUGGCUUCCUACCUCCCUGCCCCACCUUUCCCCCCUCCGUGUGCUCAGCUUCUCCCCUCCCUGCCCCUCCCUCCUCCCCGCCCUGCCCCUCAUUUUCCGCCCCCCCACGCCCGGUUUCUCCCCUCCCCGCGCCUCCCUUUCUUUCUCCGUGCCUCUCCUUUGCUCCCUCCCUGCCCCCGCCUGCCCAUGCCCCUGUCUUUGGCUUCUCCCCUCCCUGCCCCACGUUUCUUCCCUCCCUGCCCCCCCUCUGCCCCUCCCUUGUUUUCCCCUCACCCAUUGCUUCUCCCCUCCCUGCCCUUGAUUUCCCGCACCCCUGCCCUUGUUUCCUACCAUCCAUGCCCCUCGUUUCCCCCCUUUGUACGUUCAGCCUCUUCCCUCCCUGCCCCUCCCCUCCUCCCCCCCUGCCCUUUGCGUUCCCCUCGCUACGCUCCCUUCUCCCCAUCCCUGCUGCCCUCUUGCCACCAUCAGCCCAUCCGCACCACCAGCCCCCCUCCCACCCUUCUCUCCCCCCCUCCCUUUCCCUCUCUCUCUCUCUCUCUCUCUCUCUCUUUCUCACACACACACGCACACUCCCCUCCCCCACCCCCCACCCACGUCCUCCCAUUCCGCCCCUCCCUGCCCCUUUCCCACCCCCUCGCACGCCCCUCACCUCCCACCUCCGUGCAACUGGUUUCCCCCCUAUGGUGCCUCCCUUGCAUCGCUCGCCCCUCUGCUCACCCUCUGCCCGCCCCUUUUCCGUGCCCUCAGCUGGCCCAGCCCCUGCCCGUUGCUGCCCCUCCCGUUGCCCGCUCAACUCCCCUGCUCCCCGUACACCCCAGUCCCAUCCAACCGCCCCCACCCUCCCCCGGCUGCCCGUUUCCGCUCUCCACCCCCGCGACCUCACACCCCCUGCCUCCUCAUGCCAUCCGCUCCCCCCCGCCCCCACCCUCCGCGUGCCCGCUCCCUUGCCGCCUCUUUUGACCCUCCCUGCCCCCCUCGCCGUUUCCCACCGCCCGCCAUUCGCUCCUCCCCGCCCGUGCGCUCCCCUCGUUUACCUUCUCCUCCCCCCUUCCCUCCUCUGCUGCACGCCUCUUCCUUCCCCUCGCCGACCCACUCCACUCCCUGCCCCUCCUCAAUCCGCACCCUGCCCCUCGUAUCUCGCCCCCCUAUGCUUGGUUUCUCCCCUCCCUGCCCCUCGCCGCCUUUCUCCGCUCCCCACCUCCCCCCUCUCCCUGCUCCCCCACUCUCCCCCCCUUGCCCUUGGCUUCCUACCUCCCUGCCCCACCUUUCCCCCCUCCGUGUGCUCAGCUUCUCCCCUCCCUGCCCCUCCCUCCUCCCCGCCCUGCCCCUCAUUUUCCGCCCCCCCACGCCCGGUUUCUCCCCUCCCCGCGCCUCCCUUUCUUUCUCCGUGCCUCUCCUUUGCUCCCUCCCUGCCCCCGCCUGCCCAUGCCCCUGUCUUUGGCUUCUCCCCUCCCUGCCCCACGUUUCUUCCCUCCCUGCCCCCCCUCUGCCCCUCCCUUGUUUUCCCCUCACCCAUUGCUUCUCCCCUCCCUGCCCUUGAUUUCCCGCACCCCUGCCCUUGUUUCCUACCAUCCAUGCCCCUCGUUUCCCCCCUUUGUACGUUCAGCCUCUUCCCUCCCUGCCCCUCCCCUCCUCCCCCCCUGCCCUUUGCGUUCCCCUCGCUACGCUCCCUUCUCCCCAUCCCUGCUGCCCUCUUGCCACCAUCAGCCCAUCCGCACCACCAGCCCCCCUCCCACCCUUCUCUCCCCCCCUCCCUUUCCCUCUCUCUCUCUCUCUCUCUCUUUCUCACACACACACGCACACUCCCCUCCCCCACCCCCCACCCACGUCCUCCCAUUCCGCCCCUCCCUGCCCCUUUCCCACCCCCUCGCACGCCCCUCACCUCCCACCUCCGUGCAACUGGUUUCCCCCCUAUGGUGCCUCCCUUGCAUCGCUCGCCCCGCUGCUCACCCUCUGCCCGCCCCUUUUCCGUGCCCUCAGCUGGCCCAGCCCCUGCCCGUUGCUGCCCCUCCCCUUGCCCCCUCAACUCCCCUGCCCCCCGUACACCCCAGUCCCAUCCAACCGCCCCCACCCUCCCCCGGCUGCCCGUUUCCGCUCUCCACCCCCGCGACCUCACACCCCCUGCCUCCUCAUGCCAUCCGCUCCCCCCCGCCCCCACCCUCCGCGUGCCCGCUCCCUUGCCGCCUCUUUUGACCCUCCCUGCCCCCCUCGCCGUUUCCCACCGCCCGCCAUUCGCUCCUCCCCGCCCGUGCGCUCCCCUCGUUUACCUUCUCCUCCCCCCUCCCCUCCUCUGCUGCACGCCUCUUCCUUCCCCUCGCCGACCCACUCCACUCCCUGCCCCUCCUCAAUCCGCACCCUGCCCCUCGUAUCUCGCCCCCCUAUGCUUGGUUUCUCCCCUCCCUGCCCCUCGCCGCCUUUCUCCGCUCCCCACCUCCCCCCUCUCCCUGCUCCCCCACUCUCCCCCCCUUGCCCUUGGCUUCCUACCUCCCUGCCCCACCUUUCCCCCCUCCGUGUGCUCAGCUUCUCCCCUCCCUGCCCCUCCCUCCUCCCCGCCCUGCCCCUCAUUUUCCGCCCCCCCACGCCCGGUUUCUCCCCUCCCCGCGCCUCCCUUUCUUUCUCCGUGCCUCUCCUUUGCUCCCUCCCUGCCCCCGCCUGCCCAUGCCCCUGUCUUUGGCUUCUCCCCUCCCUGCCCCACGUUUCUUCCCUCCCUGCCCCCCCUCUGCCCCUCCCUUGUUUUCCCCUCACCCAUUGCUUCUCCCCUCCCUGCCCUUGAUUUCCCGCACCCCUGCCCUUGUUUCCUACCAUCCAUGCCCCUCGUUUCCCCCCUUUGUACGUUCAGCCUCUUCCCUCCCUGCCCCUCCCCUCCUCCCCCCCUGCCCUUUGCGUUCCCCUCGUUACGCUCCCUUCUCCCCAUCCCUGCUGCCCUCUUGCCACCAUCAGCCCAUCCGCACCACCAGCCCCCCUCCCACCCUUCUCUCCCCCCCUCCCUUUCCCUCUCUCUCUCUCUCUCUCUCUCUCUCUCUCUUUCUCACACACACACGCACACUCCCCUCCCCCACCCCCCACCCACGUCCUCCCAUUCCGCCCCUCCCUGCCCCUUUCCCACCCCCUCGCACGCCCCUCACCUCCCACCUCCGUGCAACUGGUUUCCCCCCUAUGGUGCCUCCCUUGCAUCGCUCGCCCCGCUGCUCACCCUCUGCCCGCCCCUUUUCCGUGCCCUCAGCUGGCCCAGCCCCUGCCCGUUGCUGCCCCUCCCCUUGCCCCCUCAACUCCCCUGCCCCCCGUACACCCCAGUCCCAUCCAACCGCCCCCACCCUCCCCCGGCUGCCCGUUUCCGCUCUCCACCCCCGCGACCGUUCACACCCCCUGCCUCCUCAUGCCAUCCGCUCCCCCCCGCCCCCACCCUCCGCGUGCCCGCUCCCUUGCCGCCUCUUUUGACCCUCCCUGCCCCCCUCGCCGUUUCCCACCGCCCGCCAUUCGCUCCUCCCCGCCCGUGCGCUCCCCUCGUUUACCUUCUCCUCCCCCCUCCCCUCCUCUGCUGCACGCCUCUUCCUUCCCCUCGCCGACCCACUCCACUCCCUGCCCCUCCUCAAUCCGCACCCUGCCCCUCGUAUCUCGCCCCCCUAUGCUUGGUUUCUCCCCUCCCUGCCCCUCGCCGCCUUUCUCCGCUCCCCACCUCCCCCCUCUCCCUGCUCCCCCACUCUCCCCCCCUUGCCCUUGGCUUCCUACCUCCCUGCCCCACCUUUCCCCCCUCCGUGUGCUCAGCUUCUCCCCUCCCUGCCCCUCCCUCCUCCCCGCCCUGCCCCUCAUUUUCCGCCCCCCCACGCCCGGUUUCUCCCCUCCCCGCGCCUCCCUUUCUUUCUCCGUGCCUCUCCUUUGCUCCCUCCCUGCCCCCGCCUGCCCAUGCCCCUGUCUUUGGCUUCUCCCCUCCCUGCCCCACGUUUCUUCCCUCCCUGCCCCCCCUCUGCCCCUCCCUUGUUUUCCCCUCACCCAUUGCUUCUCCCCUCCCUGCCCUUGAUUUCCCGCACCCCUGCCCUUGUUUCCUACCAUCCAUGCCCCUCGUUUCCCCCCUUUGUACGUUCAGCCUCUUCCCUCCCUGCCCCUCCCCUCCUCCCCCCCUGCCCUUUGCGUUCCCCUCGCUUACGCUCCCUUCUCCCCAUCCCUGCUGCCCUCUUGCCACCAUCAGCCCAUCCGCACCACCAGCCCCCCUCCCACCCUUCUCUCCCCCCCUCCCUUUCCCUCUCUCUCUCUCUCUCUCUCUCUCUCUCUCUUUCUCACACACACACGCACACUCCCCUCCCCCACCCCCCCACCCACGUCCUCCCAUUCCGCCCCUCCCUGCCCCUUUCCCACCCCCUCGCACGCCCCUCACCUCCCACCUCCGUGCAACUGGUUUCCCCCCUAUGGUGCCUCCCUUGCAUCGCUCGCCCCGCUGCUCACCCUCUGCCCGCCCCUUUUCCGUGCCCUCAGCUGGCCCAGCCCCUGCCCGUUGCUGCCCCUCCCCUUGCCCCCUCAACUCCCCUGCCCCCCGUACACCCCAGUCCCAUCCAACCGCCCCCACCCUCCCCCGGCUGCCCGUUUCCGCUCUCCACCCCCGCGACCUCACACCCCCUGCCUCCUCAUGCCAUCCGCUCCCCCCCGCCCCCACCCUCCGCGUGCCCGCUCCCUUGCCGCCUCUUUUGACCCUCCCUGCCCCCCUCGCCGUUUCCCACCGCCCGCCAUUCGCUCCUCCCCGCCCGUGCGCUCCCCUCGUUUACCUUCUCCUCCCCCCUCCCCUCCUCUGCUGCACGCCUCUUCCUUCCCCUCGCCGACCCACUCCACUCCCUGCCCCUCCUCAAUCCGCACCCUGCCCCUCGUAUCUCGCCCCCCUAUGCUUGGUUUCUCCCCUCCCUGCCCCUCGCCGCCUUUCUCCGCUCCCCACCUCCCCCCUCUCCCUGCUCCCCCACUCUCCCCCCCUUGCCCUUGGCUUCCUACCUCCCUGCCCCACCUUUCCCCCCUCCGUGUGCUCAGCUUCUCCCCUCCCUGCCCCUCCCUCCUCCCCGCCCUGCCCCUCAUUUUCCGCCCCCCCACGCCCGGUUUCUCCCCUCCCCGCGCCUCCCUUUCUUUCUCCGUGCCUCUCCUUUGCUCCCUCCCUGCCCCCGCCUGCCCAUGCCCCUGUCUUUGGCUUCUCCCCUCCCUGCCCCACGUUUCUUCCCUCCCUGCCCCCCCUCUGCCCCUCCCUUGUUUUCCCCUCACCCAUUGCUUCUCCCCUCCCUGCCCUUGAUUUCCCGCACCCCUGCCCUUGUUUCCUACCAUCCAUGCCCCUCGUUUCCCCCCUUUGUACGUUCAGCCUCUUCCCUCCCUGCCCCUCCCCUCCUCCCCCCCUGCCCUUUGCGUUCCCCUCGUUACGCUCCCUUCUCCCCAUCCCUGCUGCCCUCUUGCCACCAUCAGCCCAUCCGCACCACCAGCCCCCCUCCCACCCUUCUCUCCCCCCCUCCCUUUCCCUCUCUCUCUCUCUCUCUCUCUCUCUCUCUUUCUCACACACACACGCACACUCCCCUCCCCCACCCCCCACCCACGUCCUCCCAUUCCGCCCCUCCCUGCCCCUUUCCCACCCCCUCGCACGCCCCUCACCUCCCACCUCCGUGCAACUGGUUUCCCCCCUAUGGUGCCUCCCUUGCAUCGCUCGCCCCUCUGCUCACCCUCUGCCCGCCCCUUUUCCGUGCCCUCAGCUGGCCCAGCCCCUGCCCGUUGCUGCCCCUCCCCUUGCCCCCUCAACUCCCCUGCCCCCCGUACACCCCAGUCCCAUCCAACCGCCCCCACCCUCCCCCGGCUGCCCGUUUCCGCUCUCCACCCCCGCGACCGUGUGCGGCUUCCAACCGCCCAACGGUGGUGCGCACGGGGCGUUUCUUCGCACGGGCAAGCCUCCCCGGGGGGCCCCCACCCCGCUGAGUCGUUUCACACCCCCUGCCUCCUCAUGCCAUCCGCUCCCCCCCGCCCCCACCCUCCGCGUGCCCGCUCCCUUGCCGCCUCUUUUGACCCUCCCUGCCCCCCUCGCCGUUUCCCACCGCCCGCCAUUCGCUCCUCCCCGCCCGUGCGCUCCCCUCGUUUACCUUCUCCUCCCCCCUCCCCUCCUCUGCUGCACGCCUCUUCCUUCCCCUCGCCGACCCACUCCACUCCCUGCCCCUCCUCAAUCCGCACCCUGCCCCUCGUAUCUCGCCCCCCUAUGCUUGGUUUCUCCCCUCCCUGCCCCUCGCCGCCUUUCUCCGCUCCCCACCUCCCCCCUCUCCCUGCUCCCCCACUCUCCCCCCCUUGCCCUUGGCUUCCUACCUCCCUGCCCCACCUUUCCCCCCUCCGUGUGCUCAGCUUCUCCCCUCCCUGCCCCUCCCUCCUCCCCGCCCUGCCCCUCAUUUUCCGCCCCCCCACGCCCGGUUUCUCCCCUCCCCGCGCCUCCCUUUCUUUCUCCGUGCCUCUCCUUUGCUCCCUCCCUGCCCCCGCCUGCCCAUGCCCCUGUCUUUGGCUUCUCCCCUCCCUGCCCCACGUUUCUUCCCUCCCUGCCCCCCCUCUGCCCCUCCCUUGUUUUCCCCUCACCCAUUGCUUCUCCCCUCCCUGCCCUUGAUUUCCCGCACCCCUGCCCUUGUUUCCUACCAUCCAUGCCCCUCGUUUCCCCCCUUUGUACGUUCAGCCUCUUCCCUCCCUGCCCCUCCCCUCCUCCCCCCCUGCCCUUUGCGUUCCCCUCGCUACGCUCCCUUCUCCCCAUCCCUGCUGCCCUCUUGCCACCAUCAGCCCAUCCGCACCACCAGCCCCCCUCCCACCCUUCUCUCCCCCCUCCCUUCCCUCUCUCCUCUCUCUCUCUCUCUCUCUCUCUUUCUCACACACACACGCACACUCCCCUCCCCCACCCCCCACCCACGUCCUCCCAUUCCGCCCCUCCCUGCCCCUUUCCCACCCCCUCGCACGCCCCUCACCUCCCACCUCCGUGCAACUGGUUUCCCCCCUAUGGUGCCUCCCUUGCAUCGCUCGCCCCUCUGCUCACCCUCUGCCCGCCCCUUUUCCGUGCCCUCAGCUGGCCCAGCCCCUGCCCGUUGCUGCCCCUCCCCUUGCCCCCUCAACUCCCCUGCCCCCCGUACACCCCAGUCCCAUCCAACCGCCCCCACCCUCCCCCGGCUGCCCGUUUCCGCUCUCCACCCCCGCGACCGUUCACACCCCCUGCCUCCUCAUGCCAUCCGCUCCCCCCCGCCCCCACCCUCCGCGUGCCCGCUCCCUUGCCGCCUCUUUUGACCCUCCCUGCCCCCCUCGCCGUUUCCCACCGCCCGCCAUUCGCUCCUCCCCGCCCGUGCGCUCCCCUCGUUUACCUUCUCCUCCCCCCUCCCCUCCUCUGCUGCACGCCUCUUCCUUCCCCUCGCCGACCCACUCCACUCCCUGCCCCUCCUCAAUCCGCACCCUGCCCCUCGUAUCUCGCCCCCCUAUGCUUGGUUUCUCCCCUCCCUGCCCCUCGCCGCCUUUCUCCGCUCCCCACCUCCCCCCUCUCCCUGCUCCCCCACUCUCCCCCCCUUGCCCUUGGCUUCCUACCUCCCUGCCCCACCUUUCCCCCCUCCGUGUGCUCAGCUUCUCCCCUCCCUGCCCCUCCCUCCUCCCCGCCCUGCCCCUCAUUUUCCGCCCCCCCACGCCCGGUUUCUCCCCUCCCCGCGCCUCCCUUUCUUUCUCCGUGCCUCUCCUUUGCUCCCUCCCUGCCCCCGCCUGCCCAUGCCCCUGUCUUUGGCUUCUCCCCUCCCUGCCCCACGUUUCUUCCCUCCCUGCCCCCCCUCUGCCCCUCCCUUGUUUUCCCCUCACCCAUUGCUUCUCCCCUCCCUGCCCUUGAUUUCCCGCACCCCUGCCCUUGUUUCCUACCAUCCAUGCCCCUCGUUUCCCCCCUUUGUACGUUCAGCCUCUUCCCUCCCUGCCCCUCCCCUCCUCCCCCCCUGCCCUUUGCGUUCCCCUCGUUACGCUCCCUUCUCCCCAUCCCUGCUGCCCUCUUGCCACCAUCAGCCCAUCCGCACCACCAGCCCCCCUCCCACCCUUCUCUCCCCCCCUCCCUUUCCCUCUCUCUCUCUCUCUCUCUCUCUCUCUCUCUUUCUCACACACACACGCACACUCCCCUCCCCCACCCCCCACCCACGUCCUCCCAUUCCGCCCCUCCCUGCCCCUUUCCCACCCCCUCGCACGCCCCUCACCUCCCACCUCCGUGCAACUGGUUUCCCCCCUAUGGUGCCUCCCUUGCAUCGCUCGCCCCGCUGCUCACCCUCUGCCCGCCCCUUUUCCGUGCCCUCAGCUGGCCCAGCCCCUGCCCGUUGCUGCCCCUCCCCUUGCCCCCUCAACUCCCCUGCCCCCCGUACACCCCAGUCCCAUCCAACCGCCCCCACCCUCCCCCGGCUGCCCGUUUCCGCUCUCCACCCCCGCGACCGUGUGCGGCUUCCAACCGCCCAACGGUGUCACACCCCCUGCCUCCUCAUGCCAUCCGCUCCCCCCCCGCCCCCACCCUCCGCGUGCCCGCUCCCUUGCCGCCUCUUUUGACCCUCCCUGCCCCCCUCGCCGUUUCCCACCGCCCGCCAUUCGCUCCUCCCCGCCCGUGCGCUCCCCUCGUUUACCUUCUCCUCCCCCCUCCCCUCCUCUGCUGCACGCCUCUUCCUUCCCCUCGCCGACCCACUCCACUCCCUGCCCCUCCUCAAUCCGCACCCUGCCCCUCGUAUCUCGCCCCCCUAUGCUUGGUUUCUCCCCUCCCUGCCCCUCGCCGCCUUUCUCCGCUCCCCACCUCCCCCCUCUCCCUGCUCCCCCACUCUCCCCCCCUUGCCCUUGGCUUCCUACCUCCCUGCCCCACCUUUCCCCCCUCCGUGUGCUCAGCUUCUCCCCUCCCUGCCCCUCCCUCCUCCCCGCCCUGCCCCUCAUUUUCCGCCCCCCCACGCCCGGUUUCUCCCCUCCCCGCGCCUCCCUUUCUUUCUCCGUGCCUCUCCUUUGCUCCCUCCCUGCCCCCGCCUGCCCAUGCCCCUGUCUUUGGCUUCUCCCCUCCCUGCCCCACGUUUCUUCCCUCCCUGCCCCCCCUCUGCCCCUCCCUUGUUUUCCCCUCACCCAUUGCUUCUCCCCUCCCUGCCCUUGAUUUCCCGCACCCCUGCCCUUGUUUCCUACCAUCCAUGCCCCUCGUUUCCCCCCUUUGUACGUUCAGCCUCUUCCCUCCCUGCCCCUCCCCUCCUCCCCCCCUGCCCUUUGCGUUCCCCUCUCCCAUCCAACCGCCCCCACCCUCCCCCGGCUGCCCGUUUCCGCUCUCCACCCCCGCGACCGUUCACACCCCCUGCCUCCUCAUGCCAUCCGCUCCCCCCCGCCCCCACCCUCCGCGUGCCCGCUCCCUUGCCGCCUCUUUUGACCCUCCCUGCCCCCCUCGCCGUUUCCCACCGCCCGCCAUUCGCUCCUCCCCGCCCGUGCGCUCCCCUCGUUUACCUUCUCCUCCCCCCUUCCCCUCCUCUGCUGCACGCCUCUUCCUUCCCCUCGCCGACCCACUCCACUCCCUGCCCCUCCUCAAUCCGCACCCUGCCCCUCGUAUCUCGCCCCCCUAUGCUUGGUUUCUCCCCUCCCUGCCCCUCGCCGCCUUUCUCCGCUCCCCACCUCCCCCCUCUCCCUGCUCCCCCACUCUCCCCCCCUUGCCCUUGGCUUCCUACCUCCCUGCCCCACCUUUCCCCCCUCCGUGUGCUCAGCUUCUCCCCUCCCUGCCCCUCCCUCCUCCCCGCCCUGCCCCUCAUUUUCCGCCCCCCCACGCCCGGUUUCUCCCCUCCCCGCGCCUCCCUUUCUUUCUCCGUGCCUCUCCUUUGCUCCCUCCCUGCCCCCGCCUGCCCAUGCCCCUGUCUUUGGCUUCUCCCCUCCCUGCCCCACGUUUCUUCCCUCCCUGCCCCCCCUCUGCCCCUCCCUUGUUUUCCCCUCACCCAUUGCUUCUCCCCUCCCUGCCCUUGAUUUCCCGCACCCCUGCCCUUGUUUCCUACCAUCCAUGCCCCUCGUUUCCCCCCUUUGUACGUUCAGCCUCUUCCCUCCCUGCCCCUCCCCUCCUCCCCCCCUGCCCUUUGCGUUCCCCUCGCUACGCUCCCUUCUCCCCAUCCCUGCUGCCCUCUUGCCACCAUCAGCCCAUCCGCACCACCAGCCCCCCUCCCACCCUUCUCUCCCCCCCUCCCUUUCCCUCUCUCUCUCUCUCUCUCUCUUUCUCACACACACACGCACACUCCCCUCCCCCACCCCCCACCCACGUCCUCCCAUUCCGCCCCUCCCUGCCCCUUUCCCACCCCCUCGCACGCCCCUCACCUCCCACCUCCGUGCAACUGGUUUCCCCCCUAUGGUGCCUCCCUUGCAUCGCUCGCCCCGCUGCUCACCCUCUGCCCGCCCCUUUUCCGUGCCCUCAGCUGGCCCAGCCCCUGCCCGUUGCUGCCCCUCCCGUUGCCCCCUCAACUCCCCUGCUCCCCGUACACCCCAGUCCCAUCCAACCGCCCCCACCCUCCCCCGGCUGCCCGUUUCCGCUCUCCACCCCCGCGACCGUGUGCGGCUUCCAACCGCCCAACGGUGGUGCGCACGGGGCGUUUCUUCGCACGGGCAAGCCUCCCCGGGGGGCCCCCACCCCGCUGAGUCGUUUCACACCCCCUGCCUCCUCAUGCCAUCCGCUCCCCCCCGCCCCCACCCUCCGCGUGCCCGCUCCCUUGCCGCCUCUUUUGACCCUCCCUGCCCCCCUCGCCGUUUCCCACCGCCCGCCAUUCGCUCCUCCCCGCCCGUGCGCUCCCCUCGUUUACCUUCUCCUCCCCCCUUCCCUCCUCUGCUGCACGCCUCUUCCUUCCCCUCGCCGACCCACUCCACUCCCUGCCCCUCCUCAAUCCGCACCCUGCCCCUCGUAUCUCGCCCCCCUAUGCUUGGUUUCUCCCCUCCCUGCCCCUCGCCGCCUUUCUCCGCUCCCCACCUCCCCCCUCUCCCUGCUCCCCCACUCUCCCCCCCUUGCCCUUGGCUUCCUACCUCCCUGCCCCACCUUUCCCCCCUCCGUGUGCUCAGCUUCUCCCCUCCCUGCCCCUCCCUCCUCCCCGCCCUGCCCCUCAUUUUCCGCCCCCCCACGCCCGGUUUCUCCCCUCCCCGCGCCUCCCUUUCUUUCUCCGUGCCUCUCCUUUGCUCCCUCCCUGCCCCCGCCUGCCCAUGCCCCUGUCUUUGGCUUCUCCCCUCCCUGCCCCACGUUUCUUCCCUCCCUGCCCCCCCUCUGCCCCUCCCUUGUUUUCCCCUCACCCAUUGCUUCUCCCCUCCCUGCCCUUGAUUUCCCGCACCCCUGCCCUUGUUUCCUACCAUCCAUGCCCCUCGUUUCCCCCCUUUGUACGUUCAGCCUCUUCCCUCCCUGCCCCUCCCCUCCUCCCCCCCUGCCCUUUGCGUUCCCCUCGCUACGCUCCCUUCUCCCCAUCCCUGCUGCCCUCUUGCCACCAUCAGCCCAUCCGCACCACCAGCCCCCCUCCCACCCUUCUCUCCCCCCCUCCCUUUCCCUCUCUCUCUCUCUCUCUCUCUUUCUCACACACACACGCACACUCCCCUCCCCCACCCCCCACCCACGUCCUCCCAUUCCGCCCCUCCCUGCCCCUUUCCCACCCCCUCGCACGCCCCUCACCUCCCACCUCCGUGCAACUGGUUUCCCCCCUAUGGUGCCUCCCUUGCAUCGCUCGCCCCGCUGCUCACCCUCUGCCCGCCCCUUUUCCGUGCCCUCAGCUGGCCCAGCCCCUGCCCGUUGCUGCCCCUCCCCUUGCCCCCUCAACUCCCCUGCCCCCCGUACACCCCAGUCCCAUCCAACCGCCCCCACCCUCCCCCGGCUGCCCGUUUCCGCUCUCCACCCCCGCGACCUCACACCCCCUGCCUCCUCAUGCCAUCCGCUCCCCCCCGCCCCCACCCUCCGCGUGCCCGCUCCCUUGCCGCCUCUUUUGACCCUCCCUGCCCCCCUCGCCGUUUCCCACCGCCCGCCAUUCGCUCCUCCCCGCCCGUGCGCUCCCCUCGUUUACCUUCUCCUCCCCCCUCCCCUCCUCUGCUGCACGCCUCUUCCUUCCCCUCGCCGACCCACUCCACUCCCUGCCCCUCCUCAAUCCGCACCCUGCCCCUCGUAUCUCGCCCCCCUAUGCUUGGUUUCUCCCCUCCCUGCCCCUCGCCGCCUUUCUCCGCUCCCCACCUCCCCCCUCUCCCUGCUCCCCCACUCUCCCCCCCUUGCCCUUGGCUUCCUACCUCCCUGCCCCACCUUUCCCCCCUCCGUGUGCUCAGCUUCUCCCCUCCCUGCCCCUCCCUCCUCCCCGCCCUGCCCCUCAUUUUCCGCCCCCCCACGCCCGGUUUCUCCCCUCCCCGCGCCUCCCUUUCUUUCUCCGUGCCUCUCCUUUGCUCCCUCCCUGCCCCCGCCUGCCCAUGCCCCUGUCUUUGGCUUCUCCCCUCCCUGCCCCACGUUUCUUCCCUCCCUGCCCCCCCUCUGCCCCUCCCUUGUUUUCCCCUCACCCAUUGCUUCUCCCCUCCCUGCCCUUGAUUUCCCGCACCCCUGCCCUUGUUUCCUACCAUCCAUGCCCCUCGUUUCCCCCCUUUGUACGUUCAGCCUCUUCCCUCCCUGCCCCUCCCCUCCUCCCCCCCUGCCCUUUGCGUUCCCCUCGUUACGCUCCCUUCUCCCCAUCCCUGCUGCCCUCUUGCCACCAUCAGCCCAUCCGCACCACCAGCCCCCCUCCCACCCUUCUCUCCCCCCCUCCCUUCCCUCUCUCUCUCUCUCUCUCUCUCUCUCUCUCUCUCUCUCUCUCUCUCUCUUUCUCACACACACACGCACACUCCCCUCCCCCACCCCCCACCCACGUCCUCCCAUUCCGCCCCUCCCUGCCCCUUUCCCACCCCCUCGCACGCCCCUCACCUCCCACCUCCGUGCAACUGGUUUCCCCCCUAUGGUGCCUCCCUUGCAUCGCUCGCCCCGCUGCUCACCCUCUGCCCGCCCCUUUUCCGUGCCCUCAGCUGGCCCAGCCCCUGCCCGUUGCUGCCCCUCCCCUUGCCCCCUCAACUCCCCUGCCCCCCGUACACCCCAGUCCCAUCCAACCGCCCCCACCCUCCCCCGGCUGCCCGUUUCCGCUCUCCACCCCCGCGACCUCACACCCCCUGCCUCCUCAUGCCAUCCGCUCCCCCCCGCCCCCACCCUCCGCGUGCCCGCUCCCUUGCCGCCUCUUUUGACCCUCCCUGCCCCCCUCGCCGUUUCCCACCGCCCGCCAUUCGCUCCUCCCCGCCCGUGCGCUCCCCUCGUUUACCUUCUCCUCCCCCCUCCCCUCCUCUGCUGCACGCCUCUUCCUUCCCCUCGCCGACCCACUCCACUCCCUGCCCCUCCUCAAUCCGCACCCUGCCCCUCGUAUCUCGCCCCCCUAUGCUUGGUUUCUCCCCUCCCUGCCCCUCGCCGCCUUUCUCCGCUCCCCACCUCCCCCCUCUCCCUGCUCCCCCACUCUCCCCCCCUUGCCCUUGGCUUCCUACCUCCCUGCCCCACCUUUCCCCCCUCCGUGUGCUCAGCUUCUCCCCUCCCUGCCCCUCCCUCCUCCCCGCCCUGCCCCUCAUUUUCCGCCCCCCCACGCCCGGUUUCUCCCCUCCCCGCGCCUCCCUUUCUUUCUCCGUGCCUCUCCUUUGCUCCCUCCCUGCCCCCGCCUGCCCAUGCCCCUGUCUUUGGCUUCUCCCCUCCCUGCCCCACGUUUCUUCCCUCCCUGCCCCCCCUCUGCCCCUCCCUUGUUUUCCCCUCACCCAUUGCUUCUCCCCUCCCUGCCCUUGAUUUCCCGCACCCCUGCCCUUGUUUCCUACCAUCCAUGCCCCUCGUUUCCCCCCUUUGUACGUUCAGCCUCUUCCCUCCCUGCCCCUCCCCUCCUCCCCCCCUGCCCUUUGCGUUCCCCUCGCUACGCUCCCUUCUCCCCAUCCCUGCUGCCCUCUUGCCACCAUCAGCCCAUCCGCACCACCAGCCCCCCUCCCACCCUUCUCUCCCCCCCUCCCUUUCCCUCUCUCUCUCUCUCUCUCUCUCUCUCUCUCUCUUUCUCACACACACACGCACACUCCCCUCCCCCACCCCCCACCCACGUCCUCCCAUUCCGCCCCUCCCUGCCCCUUUCCCACCCCCUCGCACGCCCCUCACCUCCCACCUCCGUGCAACUGGUUUCCCCCCUAUGGUGCCUCCCUUGCAUCGCUCGCCCCGCUGCUCACCCUCUGCCCGCCCCUUUUCCGUGCCCUCAGCUGGCCCAGCCCCUGCCCGUUGCUGCCCCUCCCCUUGCCCCCUCAACUCCCCUGCCCCCCGUACACCCCAGUCCCAUCCAACCGCCCCCACCCUCCCCCGGCUGCCCGUUUCCGCUCUCCACCCCCGCGACCUCACACCCCCUGCCUCCUCAUGCCAUCCGCUCCCCCCCGCCCCCACCCUCCGCGUGCCCGCUCCCUUGCCGCCUCUUUUGACCCUCCCUGCCCCCCUCGCCGUUUCCCACCGCCCGCCAUUCGCUCCUCCCCGCCCGUGCGCUCCCCUCGUUUACCUUCUCCUCCCCCCUCCCCUCCUCUGCUGCACGCCUCUUCCUUCCCCUCGCCGACCCACUCCACUCCCUGCCCCUCCUCAAUCCGCACCCUGCCCCUCGUAUCUCGCCCCCCUAUGCUUGGUUUCUCCCCUCCCUGCCCCUCGCCGCCUUUCUCCGCUCCCCACCUCCCCCCUCUCCCUGCUCCCCCACUCUCCCCCCCUUGCCCUUGGCUUCCUACCUCCCUGCCCCACCUUUCCCCCCUCCGUGUGCUCAGCUUCUCCCCUCCCUGCCCCUCCCUCCUCCCCGCCCUGCCCCUCAUUUUCCGCCCCCCCACGCCCGGUUUCUCCCCUCCCCGCGCCUCCCUUUCUUUCUCCGUGCCUCUCCUUUGCUCCCUCCCUGCCCCCGCCUGCCCAUGCCCCUGUCUUUGGCUUCUCCCCUCCCUGCCCCACGUUUCUUCCCUCCCUGCCCCCCCUCUGCCCCUCCCUUGUUUUCCCCUCACCCAUUGCUUCUCCCCUCCCUGCCCUUGAUUUCCCGCACCCCUGCCCUUGUUUCCUACCAUCCAUGCCCCUCGUUUCCCCCCUUUGUACGUUCAGCCUCUUCCCUCCCUGCCCCUCCCCUCCUCCCCCCCUGCCCUUUGCGUUCCCCUCGUUACGCUCCCUUCUCCCCAUCCCUGCUGCCCUCUUGCCACCAUCAGCCCAUCCGCACCACCAGCCCCCCUCCCACCCUUCUCUCCCCCCCUCCCUUUCCCUCUCUCUCUCUCUCUCUCUCUCUCUCUCUCUUUCUCACACACACACGCACACUCCCCUCCCCCACCCCCCACCCACGUCCUCCCAUUCCGCCCCUCCCUGCCCCUUUCCCACCCCCUCGCACGCCCCUCACCUCCCACCUCCGUGCAACUGGUUUCCCCCCUAUGGUGCCUCCCUUGCAUCGCUCGCCCCGCUGCUCACCCUCUGCCCGCCCCUUUUCCGUGCCCUCAGCUGGCCCAGCCCCUGCCCGUUGCUGCCCCUCCCCUUGCCCCCUCAACUCCCCUGCCCCCCGUACACCCCAGUCCCAUCCAACCGCCCCCACCCUCCCCCGGCUGCCCGUUUCCGCUCUCCACCCCCGCGACCGUUCACACCCCCUGCCUCCUCAUGCCAUCCGCUCCCCCCCGCCCCCACCCUCCGCGUGCCCGCUCCCUUGCCGCCUCUUUUGACCCUCCCUGCCCCCCUCGCCGUUUCCCACCGCCCGCCAUUCGCUCCUCCCCGCCCGUGCGCUCCCCUCGUUUACCUUCUCCUCCCCCCUCCCCUCCUCUGCUGCACGCCUCUUCCUUCCCCUCGCCGACCCACUCCACUCCCUGCCCCUCCUCAAUCCGCACCCUGCCCCUCGUAUCUCGCCCCCCUAUGCUUGGUUUCUCCCCUCCCUGCCCCUCGCCGCCUUUCUCCGCUCCCCACCUCCCCCCUCUCCCUGCUCCCCCACUCUCCCCCCCUUGCCCUUGGCUUCCUACCUCCCUGCCCCACCUUUCCCCCCUCCGUGUGCUCAGCUUCUCCCCUCCCUGCCCCUCCCUCCUCCCCGCCCUGCCCCUCAUUUUCCGCCCCCCCACGCCCGGUUUCUCCCCUCCCCGCGCCUCCCUUUCUUUCUCCGUGCCUCUCCUUUGCUCCCUCCCUGCCCCCGCCUGCCCAUGCCCCUGUCUUUGGCUUCUCCCCUCCCUGCCCCACGUUUCUUCCCUCCCUGCCCCCCCUCUGCCCCUCCCUUGUUUUCCCCUCACCCAUUGCUUCUCCCCUCCCUGCCCUUGAUUUCCCGCACCCCUGCCCUUGUUUCCUACCAUCCAUGCCCCUCGUUUCCCCCCUUUGUACGUUCAGCCUCUUCCCUCCCUGCCCCUCCCCUCCUCCCCCCCUGCCCUUUGCGUUCCCCUCGCUACGCUCCCUUCUCCCCAUCCCUGCUGCCCUCUUGCCACCAUCAGCCCAUCCGCACCACCAGCCCCCCUCCCACCCUUCUCUCCCCCCCUCCCUUUCCCUCUCUCUCUCUCUCUCUCUCUCUCUCUCUUUCUCACACACACACGCACACUCCCCUCCCCCACCCCCCACCCACGUCCUCCCAUUCCGCCCCUCCCUGCCCCUUUCCCACCCCCUCGCACGCCCCUCACCUCCCACCUCCGUGCAACUGGUUUCCCCCCUAUGGUGCCUCCCUUGCAUCGCUCGCCCCGCUGCUCACCCUCUGCCCGCCCCUUUUCCGUGCCCUCAGCUGGCCCAGCCCCUGCCCGUUGCUGCCCCUCCCCUUGCCCCCUCAACUCCCCUGCCCCCCGUACACCCCAGUCCCAUCCAACCGCCCCCACCCUCCCCCGGCUGCCCGUUUCCGCUCUCCACCCCCGCGACCGUGUGCGGCUUCCAACCGCCCAACGGUGGUGCGCACGGGGCGUUUCUUCGCACGGGCAAGCCUCCCCGGGGGGCCCCCACCCCGCUGAGUCGUUUCACACCCCCUGCCUCCUCAUGCCAUCCGCUCCCCCCCGCCCCCACCCUCCGCGUGCCCGCUCCCUUGCCGCCUCUUUUGACCCUCCCUGCCCCCCUCGCCGUUUCCCACCGCCCGCCAUUCGCUCCUCCCCGCCCGUGCGCUCCCCUCGUUUACCUUCUCCUCCCCCCUCCCCUCCUCUGCUGCACGCCUCUUCCUUCCCCUCGCCGACCCACUCCACUCCCUGCCCCUCCUCAAUCCGCACCCUGCCCCUCGUAUCUCGCCCCCCUAUGCUUGGUUUCUCCCCUCCCUGCCCCUCGCCGCCUUUCUCCGCUCCCCACCUCCCCCCUCUCCCUGCUCCCCCACUCUCCCCCCCUUGCCCUUGGCUUCCUACCUCCCUGCCCCACCUUUCCCCCCUCCGUGUGCUCAGCUUCUCCCCUCCCUGCCCCUCCCUCCUCCCCGCCCUGCCCCUCAUUUUCCGCCCCCCCACGCCCGGUUUCUCCCCUCCCCGCGCCUCCCUUUCUUUCUCCGUGCCUCUCCUUUGCUCCCUCCCUGCCCCCGCCUGCCCAUGCCCCUGUCUUUGGCUUCUCCCCUCCCUGCCCCACGUUUCUUCCCUCCCUGCCCCCCCUCUGCCCCUCCCUUGUUUUCCCCUCACCCAUUGCUUCUCCCCUCCCUGCCCUUGAUUUCCCGCACCCCUGCCCUUGUUUCCUACCAUCCAUGCCCCUCGUUUCCCCCCUUUGUACGUUCAGCCUCUUCCCUCCCUGCCCCUCCCCUCCUCCCCCCCUGCCCUUUGCGUUCCCCUCGCUUACGCUCCCUUCUCCCCAUCCCUGCUGCCCUCUUGCCACCAUCAGCCCAUCCGCACCACCAGCCCCCCUCCCACCCUUCUCUCCCCCCCUCCCUUUCCCUCUCUCUCUCUCUCUCUCUCUCUCUCUCUCUUUCUCACACACACACGCACACUCCCCUCCCCCACCCCCCACCCACGUCCUCCCAUUCCGCCCCUCCCUGCCCCUUUCCCACCCCCUCGCACGCCCCUCACCUCCCACCUCCGUGCAACUGGUUUCCCCCCUAUGGUGCCUCCCUUGCAUCGCUCGCCCCUCUGCUCACCCUCUGCCCGCCCCUUUUCCGUGCCCUCAGCUGGCCCAGCCCCUGCCCGUUGCUGCCCCUCCCCUUGCCCCCUCAACUCCCCUGCCCCCCGUACACCCCAGUCCCAUCCAACCGCCCCCACCCUCCCCCGGCUGCCCGUUUCCGCUCUCCACCCCCGCGACCGUGUGCGGCUUCCAACCGCCCAACGGUGGUGCGCACGGGGCGUUUCUUCGCACGGGCAAGCCUCCCCGGGGGGCCCCCACCCCGCUGAGUCGUUUCACACCCCCUGCCUCCUCAUGCCAUCCGCUCCCCCCCGCCCCCACCCUCCGCGUGCCCGCUCCCUUGCCGCCUCUUUUGACCCUCCCUGCCCCCCUCGCCGUUUCCCACCGCCCGCCAUUCGCUCCUCCCCGCCCGUGCGCUCCCCUCGUUUACCUUCUCCUCCCCCCUCCCCUCCUCUGCUGCACGCCUCUUCCUUCCCCUCGCCGACCCACUCCACUCCCUGCCCCUCCUCAAUCCGCACCCUGCCCCUCGUAUCUCGCCCCCCUAUGCUUGGUUUCUCCCCUCCCUGCCCCUCGCCGCCUUUCUCCGCUCCCCACCUCCCCCCUCUCCCUGCUCCCCCACUCUCCCCCCCUUGCCCUUGGCUUCCUACCUCCCUGCCCCACCUUUCCCCCCUCCGUGUGCUCAGCUUCUCCCCUCCCUGCCCCUCCCUCCUCCCCGCCCUGCCCCUCAUUUUCCGCCCCCCCACGCCCGGUUUCUCCCCUCCCCGCGCCUCCCUUUCUUUCUCCGUGCCUCUCCUUUGCUCCCUCCCUGCCCCCGCCUGCCCAUGCCCCUGUCUUUGGCUUCUCCCCUCCCUGCCCCACGUUUCUUCCCUCCCUGCCCCCCCUCUGCCCCUCCCUUGUUUUCCCCUCACCCAUUGCUUCUCCCCUCCCUGCCCUUGAUUUCCCGCACCCCUGCCCUUGUUUCCUACCAUCCAUGCCCCUCGUUUCCCCCCUUUGUACGUUCAGCCUCUUCCCUCCCUGCCCCUCCCCUCCUCCCCCCCUGCCCUUUGCGUUCCCCUCGCUUACGCUCCCUUCUCCCCAUCCCUGCUGCCCUCUUGCCACCAUCAGCCCAUCCGCACCACCAGCCCCCCUCCCACCCUUCUCUCCCCCCCUCCCUUUCCCUCUCUCUCUCUCUCUCUCUCUCUCUCUCUCUUUCUCACACACACACGCACACUCCCCUCCCCCACCCCCCACCCACGUCCUCCCAUUCCGCCCCUCCCUGCCCCUUUCCCACCCCCUCGCACGCCCCUCACCUCCCACCUCCGUGCAACUGGUUUCCCCCCUAUGGUGCCUCCCUUGCAUCGCUCGCCCCGCUGCUCACCCUCUGCCCGCCCCUUUUCCGUGCCCUCAGCUGGCCCAGCCCCUGCCCGUUGCUGCCCCUCCCCUUGCCCCCUCAACUCCCCUGCCCCCCGUACACCCCAGUCCCAUCCAACCGCCCCCACCCUCCCCCGGCUGCCCGUUUCCGCUCUCCACCCCCGCGACCGUGUGCGGCUUCCAACCGCCCAACGGUGGUGCGCACGGGGCGUUUCUUCGCACGGGCAAGCCUCCCCGGGGGGCCCCCACCCCGCUGAGUCGUUUCACACCCCCUGCCUCCUCAUGCCAUCCGCUCCCCCCCGCCCCCACCCUCCGCGUGCCCGCUCCCUUGCCGCCUCUUUUGACCCUCCCUGCCCCCCUCGCCGUUUCCCACCGCCCGCCAUUCGCUCCUCCCCGCCCGUGCGCUCCCCUCGUUUACCUUCUCCUCCCCCCUCCCCUCCUCUGCUGCACGCCUCUUCCUUCCCCUCGCCGACCCACUCCACUCCCUGCCCCUCCUCAAUCCGCACCCUGCCCCUCGUAUCUCGCCCCCCUAUGCUUGGUUUCUCCCCUCCCUGCCCCUCGCCGCCUUUCUCCGCUCCCCACCUCCCCCCUCUCCCUGCUCCCCCACUCUCCCCCCCUUGCCCUUGGCUUCCUACCUCCCUGCCCCACCUUUCCCCCCUCCGUGUGCUCAGCUUCUCCCCUCCCUGCCCCUCCCUCCUCCCCGCCCUGCCCCUCAUUUUCCGCCCCCCCACGCCCGGUUUCUCCCCUCCCCGCGCCUCCCUUUCUUUCUCCGUGCCUCUCCUUUGCUCCCUCCCUGCCCCCGCCUGCCCAUGCCCCUGUCUUUGGCUUCUCCCCUCCCUGCCCCACGUUUCUUCCCUCCCUGCCCCCCCUCUGCCCCUCCCUUGUUUUCCCCUCACCCAUUGCUUCUCCCCUCCCUGCCCUUGAUUUCCCGCACCCCUGCCCUUGUUUCCUACCAUCCAUGCCCCUCGUUUCCCCCCUUUGUACGUUCAGCCUCUUCCCUCCCUGCCCCUCCCCUCCUCCCCCCCUGCCCUUUGCGUUCCCCUCGCUACGCUCCCUUCUCCCCAUCCCUGCUGCCCUCUUGCCACCAUCAGCCCAUCCGCACCACCAGCCCCCCUCCCACCCUUCUCUCCCCCCCUCCCUUUCCCUCUCUCUCUCUCUCUCUCUCUCUCUCUCUUUCUCACACACACACGCACACUCCCCUCCCCCACCCCCCACCCACGUCCUCCCAUUCCGCCCCUCCCUGCCCCUUUCCCACCCCCUCGCACGCCCCUCACCUCCCACCUCCGUGCAACUGGUUUCCCCCCUAUGGUGCCUCCCUUGCAUCGCUCGCCCCGCUGCUCACCCUCUGCCCGCCCCUUUUCCGUGCCCUCAGCUGGCCCAGCCCCUGCCCGUUGCUGCCCCUCCCCUUGCCCCCUCAACUCCCCUGCCCCCCGUACACCCCAGUCCCAUCCAACCGCCCCCACCCUCCCCCGGCUGCCCGUUUCCGCUCUCCACCCCCGCGACCGUGUGCGGCUUCCAACCGCCCAACGGUGGUGCGCACGGGGCGUUUCUUCGCACGGGCAAGCCUCCCCGGGGGGCCCCCACCCCGCUGAGUCGUUUCACACCCCCUGCCUCCUCAUGCCAUCCGCUCCCCCCCGCCCCCACCCUCCGCGUGCCCGCUCCCUUGCCGCCUCUUUUGACCCUCCCUGCCCCCCUCGCCGUUUCCCACCGCCCGCCAUUCGCUCCUCCCCGCCCGUGCGCUCCCCUCGUUUACCUUCUCCUCCCCCCUCCCCUCCUCUGCUGCACGCCUCUUCCUUCCCCUCGCCGACCCACUCCACUCCCUGCCCCUCCUCAAUCCGCACCCUGCCCCUCGUAUCUCGCCCCCCUAUGCUUGGUUUCUCCCCUCCCUGCCCCUCGCCGCCUUUCUCCGCUCCCCACCUCCCCCCUCUCCCUGCUCCCCCACUCUCCCCCCCUUGCCCUUGGCUUCCUACCUCCCUGCCCCACCUUUCCCCCCUCCGUGUGCUCAGCUUCUCCCCUCCCUGCCCCUCCCUCCUCCCCGCCCUGCCCCUCAUUUUCCGCCCCCCCACGCCCGGUUUCUCCCCUCCCCGCGCCUCCCUUUCUUUCUCCGUGCCUCUCCUUUGCUCCCUCCCUGCCCCCGCCUGCCCAUGCCCCUGUCUUUGGCUUCUCCCCUCCCUGCCCCACGUUUCUUCCCUCCCUGCCCCCCCUCUGCCCCUCCCUUGUUUUCCCCUCACCCAUUGCUUCUCCCCUCCCUGCCCUUGAUUUCCCGCACCCCUGCCCUUGUUUCCUACCAUCCAUGCCCCUCGUUUCCCCCCUUUGUACGUUCAGCCUCUUCCCUCCCUGCCCCUCCCCUCCUCCCCCCCUGCCCUUUGCGUUCCCCUCGCUUACGCUCCCUUCUCCCCAUCCCUGCUGCCCUCUUGCCACCAUCAGCCCAUCCGCACCACCAGCCCCCCUCCCACCCUUCUCUCCCCCCCUCCCUUUCCCUCUCUCUCUCUCUCUCUCUCUCUCUCUCUCUUUCUCACACACACACGCACACUCCCCUCCCCCACCCCCCACCCACGUCCUCCCAUUCCGCCCCUCCCUGCCCCUUUCCCACCCCCUCGCACGCCCCUCACCUCCCACCUCCGUGCAACUGGUUUCCCCCCUAUGGUGCCUCCCUUGCAUCGCUCGCCCCUCUGCUCACCCUCUGCCCGCCCCUUUUCCGUGCCCUCAGCUGGCCCAGCCCCUGCCCGUUGCUGCCCCUCCCCUUGCCCCCUCAACUCCCCUGCCCCCCGUACACCCCAGUCCCAUCCAACCGCCCCCACCCUCCCCCGGCUGCCCGUUUCCGCUCUCCACCCCCGCGACCGUUCACACCCCCUGCCUCCUCAUGCCAUCCGCUCCCCCCCGCCCCCACCCUCCGCGUGCCCGCUCCCUUGCCGCCUCUUUUGACCCUCCCUGCCCCCCUCGCCGUUUCCCACCGCCCGCCAUUCGCUCCUCCCCGCCCGUGCGCUCCCCUCGUUUACCUUCUCCUCCCCCCUUCCCCUCCUCUGCUGCACGCCUCUUCCUUCCCCUCGCCGACCCACUCCACUCCCUGCCCCUCCUCAAUCCGCACCCUGCCCCUCGUAUCUCGCCCCCCUAUGCUUGGUUUCUCCCCUCCCUGCCCCUCGCCGCCUUUCUCCGCUCCCCACCUCCCCCCUCUCCCUGCUCCCCCACUCUCCCCCCCUUGCCCUUGGCUUCCUACCUCCCUGCCCCACCUUUCCCCCCUCCGUGUGCUCAGCUUCUCCCCUCCCUGCCCCUCCCUCCUCCCCGCCCUGCCCCUCAUUUUCCGCCCCCCCACGCCCGGUUUCUCCCCUCCCCGCGCCUCCCUUUCUUUCUCCGUGCCUCUCCUUUGCUCCCUCCCUGCCCCCGCCUGCCCAUGCCCCUGUCUUUGGCUUCUCCCCUCCCUGCCCCACGUUUCUUCCCUCCCUGCCCCCCCUCUGCCCCUCCCUUGUUUUCCCCUCACCCAUUGCUUCUCCCCUCCCUGCCCUUGAUUUCCCGCACCCCUGCCCUUGUUUCCUACCAUCCAUGCCCCUCGUUUCCCCCCUUUGUACGUUCAGCCUCUUCCCUCCCUGCCCCUCCCCUCCUCCCCCCCUGCCCUUUGCGUUCCCCUCGCUACGCUCCCUUCUCCCCAUCCCUGCUGCCCUCUUGCCACCAUCAGCCCAUCCGCACCACCAGCCCCCCUCCCACCCUUCUCUCCCCCCCUCCCUUUCCCUCUCUCUCUCUCUCUCUCUCUCUCUCUCUCUCUCUUUCUCACACACACACGCACACUCCCCUCCCCCACCCCCCACCCACGUCCUCCCAUUCCGCCCCUCCCUGCCCCUUUCCCACCCCCUCGCACGCCCCUCACCUCCCACCUCCGUGCAACUGGUUUCCCCCCUAUGGUGCCUCCCUUGCAUCGCUCGCCCCGCUGCUCACCCUCUGCCCGCCCCUUUUCCGUGCCCUCAGCUGGCCCAGCCCCUGCCCGUUGCUGCCCCUCCCCUUGCCCCCUCAACUCCCCUGCCCCCCGUACACCCCAGUCCCAUCCAACCGCCCCCACCCUCCCCCGGCUGCCCGUUUCCGCUCUCCACCCCCGCGACCGUUCACACCCCCUGCCUCCUCAUGCCAUCCGCUCCCCCCCGCCCCCACCCUCCGCGUGCCCGCUCCCUUGCCGCCUCUUUUGACCCUCCCUGCCCCCCUCGCCGUUUCCCACCGCCCGCCAUUCGCUCCUCCCCGCCCGUGCGCUCCCCUCGUUUACCUUCUCCUCCCCCCUCCCCUCCUCUGCUGCACGCCUCUUCCUUCCCCUCGCCGACCCACUCCACUCCCUGCCCCUCCUCAAUCCGCACCCUGCCCCUCGUAUCUCGCCCCCCUAUGCUUGGUUUCUCCCCUCCCUGCCCCUCGCCGCCUUUCUCCGCUCCCCACCUCCCCCCUCUCCCUGCUCCCCCACUCUCCCCCCCUUGCCCUUGGCUUCCUACCUCCCUGCCCCACCUUUCCCCCCUCCGUGUGCUCAGCUUCUCCCCUCCCUGCCCCUCCCUCCUCCCCGCCCUGCCCCUCAUUUUCCGCCCCCCCACGCCCGGUUUCUCCCCUCCCCGCGCCUCCCUUUCUUUCUCCGUGCCUCUCCUUUGCUCCCUCCCUGCCCCCGCCUGCCCAUGCCCCUGUCUUUGGCUUCUCCCCUCCCUGCCCCACGUUUCUUCCCUCCCUGCCCCCCCUCUGCCCCUCCCUUGUUUUCCCCUCACCCAUUGCUUCUCCCCUCCCUGCCCUUGAUUUCCCGCACCCCUGCCCUUGUUUCCUACCAUCCAUGCCCCUCGUUUCCCCCCUUUGUACGUUCAGCCUCUUCCCUCCCUGCCCCUCCCCUCCUCCCCCCCUGCCCUUUGCGUUCCCCUCGCUUACGCUCCCUUCUCCCCAUCCCUGCUGCCCUCUUGCCACCAUCAGCCCAUCCGCACCACCAGCCCCCCUCCCACCCUUCUCUCCCCCCCUCCCUUUCCCUCUCUCUCUCUCUCUCUCUCUCUCUCUCUCUCUUUCUCACACACACACGCACACUCCCCUCCCCCACCCCCCACCCACGUCCUCCCAUUCCGCCCCUCCCUGCCCCUUUCCCACCCCCUCGCACGCCCCUCACCUCCCACCUCCGUGCAACUGGUUUCCCCCCUAUGGUGCCUCCCUUGCAUCGCUCGCCCCGCUGCUCACCCUCUGCCCGCCCCUUUUCCGUGCCCUCAGCUGGCCCAGCCCCUGCCCGUUGCUGCCCCUCCCCUUGCCCCCUCAACUCCCCUGCCCCCCGUACACCCCAGUCCCAUCCAACCGCCCCCACCCUCCCCCGGCUGCCCGUUUCCGCUCUCCACCCCCGCGACCGU